AUGGAGUACUAUUGGACCCUUUUCAAGAACAGUACAAGAGGCAGCAGCACCAGUACAGAUCAUCCCUUCGAAGGGCAUAACGGUAAUUGGACCACCCAUGCAUGGGAAUCAUCCGGGUACUAUAGCUACGCCCAUCACGGCCCGCUCAGCUGCGCGCCGGGCGGCGGCGGCGGCGCCGUUCAACCGGCGGUCCCAGCCGAUCCGCAACUGACGUGCCUGAAGCUGGGCAAGAGGCAGUACUACGAGGGCGCCGCCGGUGCGCCGCAGCCCGCGGCGGCGGAGAGGUCGUCCUCCGCCGCGAAGAAGGGGAAGGCGUGGAGCGGGGGAGCUGAGGUGGCGGCGGCGGCGGUUGUGCCGCAGUGCCAGGUGGAGGGGUGCGGGUCGGCGCUGGCGAACGCCAAGGAGUACCACCGGCGGCACAGGGUGUGCGAGAUGCACGCGAAGGCCCCGCGAGUGGUGAUUCUCGGGACCGAACAGCGCUUCUGUCAACAGUGCAGCAGGUUUCACGUAGUAGGGGAGUUUGACGAGUCAAAGAGGAGUUGCAGGCGAAGAUUGGCCGGCCAUAAUGAGAGAAGACGGAAGAGUUCCCAAGAACAAAACCAUCCUCUUCACCGGAAAUAUUCUCAAGACAUGAAUAUGAUGGGGGCAGGCAGGUCACGCGCACCGCCUCUGACUAAUUCGGGCGAGUGUGCUUACUCUCUUCUGUCAUCACUAUCCACGUCAUCUUCAUCGGCGGUCCGGAGCAAUCCCGCGUGGCAUCUGUCCUCACCGUCCGAUGGAGAUCUUCCAGCCAGGUGCAGCGCGGCUCUGCGUGAGCUCAUCGCGGAGAAUCGGGCGUCCGCCUUAGCCCACAGGAACCUCAUGGCCCACUCUAAUUACCUUGUGGAUCAUGACAGCUACAGUAAUGGCUACAGGGUUGGUGGCUCGAUUCGGGCCGGGCCCAUGGGGAGUGCUGGUGGGCACGUGACGUUGGACCUAAUGCAGGACCCGGGCUCGGCAUUUGGGCUUCUGUCCGUCAACGAUCGUGGGCCGGAGUCCAGAGACGGGAAUGAAGGAGAUUGUUCCGAGUUGUGGAAUGUUCCCUUAGGCUACUGA